AUGGAGAGGCGACGUGAGACAUCCAGAUACGCGGCCAGAGACCGAAGAGGGAAAGAAACCGAAAUAUUUAGUGAUCUUCGAGCGGUCGUCCCUAUAGUUGGCACGGCUACCGUCACUCAUCUGGAUAGGAUUGCCAUAUUACGCGUUAGCUCUGCUUGGUGUAGAUUACGGAAAAUAGCUCCUAAUGUCGGACCUGAAUUGACAAAGGUUGAUCGGAAUUUGUGGUGUGAAGACACGAUAACAGAAUCUUUGGAUGGAUUCAUAAUCAUUGCCGAUAGCGAGGCAACGAUCUUGUGUGUAACGGAAAGCGUAUGCCUGUAUCUCGGGCUUAGUCAGACUGACCUCAUUGGCAGAUCGUUAAGAGAAUUUUUACAUUCAUCUGACUACACGGAAUACAUGGAACUAACGAAUCGUCUGGGUUCAUCACCUGAAUAUGGCAUGUAUGCCGAACUACGAAUGAAAACGGUUAUCACGCAGCGCGGGCGGAAUCUGAAUCUCAAAAGCGCUCUGUACAAGUCAGUUUCGUUUAUCCUUCGUGCUGAACGAUCAUUAUGUGGCCACGUUGUCCGUUUGUUGGCAACUUCAGAUCCCGCUGGUCAAGGUUCCGCAAAUGUUCAUGCCACAAGUCUUACCAAGGUUAACACUCCAACAGGUUCUUUCAUGACACGUCACACUUCUGACAUGCGAAUAUCCUACAUUCAUGACCGACUGAACUAUAUUCUGAGAAAUGAACUCAAGUCGCUUAUAGGGACAAACUUUUUCGAGCUUAUUGAUUCAAAUGAUUUACCUUCGUUUCGUGAGUCGAUGGUGAUACUUUUUGCGAAGGGUCAUGUUCGAACUCUCCUAUAUCGUUUGUUGGCUGCUAACAACAGAGUAGUUUGGGUGACAACUGAUGCUUCGAUUGUUAAUCAUACGUCAAAAGGUCAACGAUCUCAAUAUGUGAUAUGCGUUCAUCAUAUAGAGAUGGCAGAAGAAGGAGGGAUAUCGAAAAGAAGUUCCGCUGGUUGUACGAUGCAAAUUAAAAAGGAAAUCGAUGAUACUAGAGGUAUUAGUUUCUGUGAUAUGCCAGCACUUUCAUUAGGAUGUCUUCUUUUCUGA